UUUUAGGUCCGCCCGUCCGCCUGCAAGUCCGUCGUCCGUUUGUGUGUCCGCUGGCUCUUGCUGUGGGUUUCGCUGGCCUGCUAGUCGGACUGGUACUGGUCGUGCCCAGAGCUCGUGGCUCCGCAACCAGUUUGCUGGCACCGAUCGUCCUUUGCGCUCGUGUGCGCGCUGCUCAGCUGCGACCCGUGCUGGAAAUCGCAAUCUCAGCCUCGACAGAACCCAACUGGAGCGGAAUCAGGUCCGAAAACUAAAAUUCUGUGCACUAGUUUUUUAGUUGCAGUGCAAAGUCCGAAAAUAUCUCUAGAAUGCGCGUGCCUACAGGGAACCGAAUCGAAACGCGAGUGCCAUGCUAAGCAAAAGCGUUUGCGGCCGCAGUUUGUACGGUUUAAGAUAACAAAUAAAAGAAGCAAAUGUGAGAGGAAAAAAACAAAGUUCUACCGGCUCCACACUCUCACUCUCGGUCUCGAGCGAUCCCAUACGAUCCCGACCGAUCAGAUCCGAUCGUACUCCCCGUAUCUCUCGCUCCGAGUGCUAUUUUCUCUCGCUGUGCUUGCAUAACCAAGAGCGAAGCACACCGCGCGGAGGCAGAUUGCAGAUGCAGAUACAGAUACUGCGCCCAGUAGUGGACCCGCAGAUACUUGGGCUGGUGCAUGCAAUUGGCAUUGUCCCCGGGGCUUUCAAAUUUAAAAUAAUCCAGCAAAUACGGAAAAGUGAAAUAGAAGUUCUAAUAUUUCUCAGUAAUCUACAGACAAAUACAUACAUAACUACAAACUUACAUUAAUCAAAUCGAGACUUAACCGCAACCUCAAUAUUUAAACUUCCCAAAUAGUCAAGUUUUAUUAAAUUAAACUAUAAAAGUUAAAUAAUCAAAAAUCCCAGUGAUUUAAUCAGAUACUAAUCAAUUGCGGAAAAUGCUUCUGAAAUUAGCUUAAAGCUUGGGAAAAUAAACAUAGACACUCGAACUCUUACCUAGGACACCAGAAGCUGCAGACAUGGUUUCGGAGGAGAACUGGAACAGCGACACGAUGUCCGACUCGGACAUGAUCGACUCGAAGAACGACGUGUGUGGCGGGGCCUCCAGCUCCAGCGGCAGUUCCAUUUCGCCCAGGACGCCGCCCAACUGCGCCCGCUGCCGCAACCACGGCCUGAAGAUCACCCUGAAGGGACACAAGCGGUACUGCAAGUUCCGCUACUGCACUUGCGAGAAGUGCCGCCUGACGGCGGAUCGCCAGCGGGUGAUGGCCCUGCAGACGGCCUUGAGGCGGGCUCAGGCGCAGGACGAGCAGCGGGCGCUGCACAUGCACGAGGUGCCGCCCUCGGGAACGGCCACCACAGCGCUCCUGGGCCACCACCACCAUGCCGCUGCUCCCGCCCACGUCCACUCCCACCAUGUGCAUGCCCAUCACGCCCACGGCCACCACUCGCAUCAUGGACAUGUCCUGCACCACCAGCAGGCCGCCGCGGCAGCAGCAGCCGCAGCAGCAGCUCCGUCGGCCCCGGCCUCCCAUCUCGGAGGCUCCUCCACGGCCGCCUCCAGCCUCCAUGGCCAUGCCCAUGCGCACCACGUCCACAUGGCGGCCGCCGCAGCUGCCUCAGUGGCCCAACACCAGAGCCACCCACACUCGCACAACCACCACCACCACCAGCACCACCAUCCACAUCCGCACCAGCAGGCGCCGCCGCAGCACACCGCCCUGCGAUCUCCGCCGCACAGCGAGCAUGGCGGAAGUGUGGGUCCGGCCAGCAGCAGCUCCGGAGGAGCCGCCAGUUCCAGCAACGCCGCAGCGGCCACCUCGAGCAGCGGAUCCAGCAAUAGCAAUGGAGGCGGGGGAGGAGGAGGUGGAGGAGCCAGCUCGGGCGGCGGAGCUGGAGGUGGAAGGUCCUCGGGCACCUCGGUGAUCACCAGUGCCGACCAUCACAUGACCACGGUGCCAACGCCCGCCCAGUCGCUGGAGGGCUCCUGCGACUCGUCCUCGCCCUCGCCAUCGUCCACUUCCGGCGCCGCCACUUUGCCGAUCUCAGUUUCCGUCAAUCGCAAGAAUGGCGCCAAUGUGCCCCUGGGCCAAGACGUUUUCCUAGACUAUUGCCAAAAGCUAUUAGAGAAAUUCCGCUACCCUUGGGAGCUGAUGCCGCUCAUGUAUGUGAUAUUGAAGGAUGCAGACGCCAACAUUGAAGAGGCUUCCCGGCGAAUCGAAGAGGGCCAAUACGUUGUGAAUGAGUACUCCCGUCAGCAUAACUUGAAUAUCUAUGACGGGGGUGAGCUCCGCAACACAACGCGGCAAUGUGGAUGAUAAUUUUUCAUAAACUAGAGUAACGCACUGUACUUUGCCCUGAUAUUUAUUGUUCAGCAUCGCAUAUUAGCUUAAUGCUUCGGUGAAAUCGCGCGAAUUUAACUUUCGUAACCUAAAGUUGAGUAACUUAGCGUCUUAAGGAGCGAUACCUCUGUACAUAUAUCGAAUUUAUCGGUAAGCUAAAGCGCAACUUGGAUUAUCUUCCAUCAACAAGCCAAAUAUGUCGAUGUGCGACCGCCGGUCCCCCGUCCCUUCUCUUCAAUCAACAUUACCCCGUGCUGAGAUGUCUGAGAUGGCUGCCAAUCAACUAUCAACAGUCAACAGUCAACAAUCAACAUUCAACAUUUUCUCCUCUUCAAUCAACAAUCCCCAACGGAUCCAAUCAACUUGCAACAAAGCCCUUGCCGCCAACGAAUAAAAAUAUCGAAGCACAAUACUUACUAGACGUUUUGAAACAUUUUCGAAAAAACAAUGCCAAAUCGACGAUCAACAUUUCAACACGUUCGCAUCACAAAUCUGCACAUCGGUUGUAUAGCUUUAGUUUAACCUUAUUUAAGUCCUAACUCUUGGGUUUGGGUGUGAUGUUCCGGCCAAACGGAAGUCGCAGUCUUAUUAAAGCCAUUAAAAGCGCCGCACGUCAGUCAUUCGUCUUAUUUUAACUUACUGAAGUACUUACGGACUCUAAGUACAAAGUGAUGUUUUUCAUCAGCUGCACUCAGUUGUAAAACAAUGGGGAUCGAAGUGGAAACUAAGUUAAAGACUCAUUCGAAUAGGCUUACAGCUAAUCUCAAAGUUCUCCUCUACGUGUGAAUUUGUAUCUUAACAGGGUCCUACGUAGUAACCCUUGAAAUAGUAUAUGCGUGUUUCCUGGGGUCUUGGUAUCAACACUGUUGUGAGAUGGUGCACAAACUACAGAUACGUUUAGGCUAACUUUAUCGAUGUCUUGCGAAACUCUAAUUGUAAUAUUUAAUAAUGAAAUUAAUUCUCAUUAACACUGUAAAAUAUUGUUACAACUUAAGUAAGAUUUAGCCCAACGGAAUAUUAUAAAAAGGAUAAACCUGAAAUGUCAAAAAUAAACUAUUUUCCUUAAACAAAAAACCAGUGUCGCUUGGAGUUGCCCCGCUGAAGUGGAAGUAUCAGCUGCUGUUUGUUUUGUUAAUGACAUUAAAAACUGUAACGAUUGCUUUUCAAGUUGUUGCCAUUUCACGAAUCCAUUACCAAUGCCCGUCCCAGCAUCGUCAGUUGAAGUUUCCUCGUGGCAGUUCGCUGGGGCUCAGAGCUGGGAGCUGGGAGUUUCUUGUGUCGCCACUGCUGCUGGGAUCGUAAAUGCAUCAUUAAACCGAAAAAUGCAUGCGAAAAAUUUACGACAUUGCCAACACCAUUGCCCAAAGCCUGCACUGAGAAAAAUAUUCGUAGUAAACUCACUAUUCAAUGUAAAAGUGGCCUUUAUCUCAAAUAUAUUUAACUAAUUUGCUUUUAAUUUAAACAAAAUACUAAAAACAUAUUUAUCUAUUUGCCUAAACUGAAAACAGAUUAUUUUCCUGUGAUAACUCUUGUAAUCAUAAAGAAUAACCAACUUAAAUAGGUUUCACCCCAAGGACUUUUCCAAGUGUACGACUCAGAAUCCCAUCUACGGGUUAGGUUUUUCCAGCUGGGGAUAAACGGCUCUAGUCCGCCGCCAGGUAGCUGCAAUACUCCGGCCGUAACAGCUCGACAUCGCUUCUCGGCACUAAACGAGUCACGAUGAAAUGUCAGGAAUCGCAGUCGGACUGGAAGGUAGAGGGAGGAUCUCUGGGAUGCUGUGGGUAGGCAAUGGCGACGUGUAAAUGUGGGCACCAUAAAGCUUAAAAGUGUUUAUGGCUGUAUUGUGCGCGGAGUGAGCGAAGGAAUCUCCCGACAUGUGAGGGGAUUUGAUCCAACGAUUUGAGACUUUUAUUGUAAUAUUCAAGGUUCCUUUUUGUUUUAUGCACGGAGCAUUUCAUAUGUACCUUUUAUUUCAUAUAGUUUUAUAUUCGAUUAUCAAUUGGUUCGUUUACUCCGCAGUUUUUUAGUUGCAACAUAUUAUAAGCUGUACACCUAAUCCUCUUCUCUACAAUUUUUAAAAGUAAUGGCUUAAAAAAUAAAAACCUAUUUUUUGCCUAAUAGUUGAUAAAUUUUAGGGUUAUGUCCCUGCUUAAUUUUUCUUUACUACCGAAACCCAGCUCAUGCUAGUCAGUGGGAAGAAAGAGUCCUAUAGAUAUCUUUACCUUUAAGAUUGUUAAAGAAAAUAUUUAAAUGGAUAAUCAAAUUCCAUAGAUGUCUUACAUUUUAUUUGCAACAACCACUAUUAUUUAAUUUAUUUGUUACCAUUUAAUAUUUUUGAGUAUUUAGAACAGGGCAAUAGGACUCCCUCACCAGUGAUGAUCAAACAUUCUUAUGACUCAGUGCAUAUAGUAAUUUCCUAAGGAAUCUAACCCAACCGCCCGACCCCAUUUUACGACGCAUCCAUAUAUCCUUGCGUUCUGUCAUAUUUCCAGCGACGCCUUUCUUUGUUUUCCCAUAAAAAAUAGACUCGCUGGUUCCCAUUUUGUACGGGGCGCCAUAACGAGCUGCGAGCCGUAUCAUCAUCAUCGUGGUCGUAUGGGCAGCCGCCCAGCCCGUUCGACCCCAGCUCGGCUCAGCGAGUCUAGUACAAAUUCCUUUCCACUUUCAUCCCGGGCAUUUACCAAUGCUUAUUAAAAACUAUAGGAAAGCGCAGACCCAGCGGCAGCAGGAAGCAGAAAUUUCCAACUUUACGACUUCAUAUUGUGGGAGGAUCGUAAAACAUUUGUGCAGCGUCAACUUCUACUCCACUUCCCAGCAGCUCCUCGAUUCCCAUCCAGCUUCGCUACUGUCAUUUUACUGCCCUACGACUUACAAGCUGCCACUUGUGCCAGACAUCUGAUCCACAUGCAUAGCCAGAGCUUCCCGCGGACAAUCAUGAUUUAUCAUGGCCUCGCUCCUUGCUCGCUAAAUAAUAAGCAACCAGUUUGUCAUAAAGGUUCCUGGGUAAGCGGGCUGGACAUAGAUACCCCCAAAACUGUCCAGGCCUGGGACUACUUCCUCCGUCGCCAAGUGAACUCAAGCGUUAACUUAUUGUCGAGGUUUUGUGGCCUGCAAGAGCUUAGAUUACAUACCUCCGCAGAGGGAGAGCACAACUAAUCCUUUAAACGGAGAUUGAGAAAUGGAUUGCCAUUAAAGUAGGUCAGCCAACUUUAUUCCUCCCCGUUUCCGUACUUUACAAAUAAUUCAAUAAAAUUAAAAACAAGAAAGGAAGUUAACUUCGGCAAGUUUGUAUACCCUUGCAGUUACAAAAAAUAAUCAAUAAUUUUAUUAAAUUAAAUUCGAAAUUCUUAAAAAUAUAAAAAUGUAUAUUCCCAAUAUUAUAAGAUAAUAUGUCAAAAAGCCCCAAAGCUAUAAUUUGUUUCAUAUUAUUUUCCCACCAAUUUUCAGAUAGUUCCUAUGACAGCUAUAUGAAAUAGUCGUCCGAUCUUAAUAAAAUUCAAUUCGAAAUUCAGAACUAAUUAAAAAAUGCUAUUUUCAAGCUUAGAAGGUUAUAUGUUAAAAGAGGUGCGGUACAAACACCAAAGAUAUAAUUAUUAUUUCAUGUUUUCCGACCAAUUUUCCGGUCGCUCCUAUGGCAACUAUAUGAUAUAGUCGUCCGAUGUUGAUAAAAAUGAAUUCGAAAUUCAAAACCAAAUACAAAAUGUUAUUUCCAAGCGUAGCAGGUUAUAAGCUAAAAAACACCGAAGACAUAAUUUUUUAAUAUUAUUUUACCACUAAUUUUUCGAUUGUUUCUAUGGGGGCUAUAUGAUAAAGUCGUCCGAUUUUGAAAAAAUUUAAUUCGAAAUUCAGAACUAAUUUAAAAAUGUUAUAUGCAAGCUUAGAAAGGAAUAUGUUAAAAAACAUCAAAAAAAUAAUUUUCUUAAAACUUUUUCCCCGACAGUUCCUUUGGGAGCUUUAAGCUGGUUCCGACUUAUAUAAUACCUGCAAAAGAAAGAAGACUUUUGGGAAAGUUUCAGCCCGAUAGCUUUACAAUUGAGAGACUAGUUUGCGUAGAAACGGAUGGACAGACGGACAUGGCUAGAUCGACUCGUCUUGUGACGCUGAUCUAGAAUAUAUAUACUUUAUGGGGUCGGAAACGUCUCUUUUACUGCGUUGCAAACUUCUGACUGAAAUCAUGGGUUUAGCUGUAUUUUGAAUUCUUUAAAACAAAAUUAGUAUAAUUCAUAUUUUUUCUCUUUGCCAUUGCAGUGUUACUAUAUUAAUGUAGGGAGAUAAAUAACUAACAAAAAAAAAUGUAGAUAAAAAUGUGAGCACAAGAAACUAGUCCUGGGUCAGACGGUCAGGGUUCAGAAAAUGUUUACCAGAUGUAGUAACAUUCAACUAAUCUCAAAGCGGAUACCAAUACAACCAUGUUGUACUUUUCAAAUGACUUUUUCGCGGAGAAAAUGUUUAAACACUCCUGUCCGGAAAUCGGUUCCUUGUUGAUAGGAAAGUUUAUAUGCUAAAGACUUUCUUAUCGUGGUUGAACUAACAUGUUUUAAAAACUAAAACGCUUUAUUACCACAGCAAAAUGCCAAAGAGUCAGUUGCACUGUCGGGAGCCUAAUUAUAUUUUUAUAAUAAAUAUUCAAGAAGAUGUAAAGUAGUAAAGAGUGUAUAAUUUUAUAUUCCGGUUCCGUUUCGGGAUUUUUGCAUUUUUUGUAGCCUGACUAUACUGAAAUUGCUGUCUCAUAUAAAUAAUCAUAGAUUAGAUUACACGCCUUCAGAAUAGUCUGAUAAUACAUUUAGGUUAGGAACGGAAAUUUAACUUAAAUGUAAAAUAAUAUAUAGCUUUCAUUUUGUAGUUAACUUGCUAAUUAUAUUCACAGUUCCAUAAGUGGUUUAAUUAAAAUAUUAUAUAUUCUGCUUAGACUGUUACAGGGUAUUGAUUCCGUUCCCAUUCUCUUGACCAGCUUGACAACAGUGGCUUAAAUACGACUUCCUUGUCCUCCAAUCAGUUGAUGAAAUAAUUGUGGAAACUUUAUGUCUAUUUUCACUUGGCUUAUUUCAUUACACCUAGAGCAGUACAAACAUCCCAAAACAGAACUCGGGAUUGGGAGGUGGUGCCGUCCCUCAUGGGGUGAACCUGCUCGAAAAUGCAUUCCUCUAAUUAACCCAACACCAAGCCUCGGUUUAUGGACUAGCCCGAUGAGGGUUAGCUAUAUAUUAACAAGUACUAGAAUGCCGGGGGAUGGGGAACUUGACUGGUUACCCGGCUGCCCUCUGUCCCUUCCCAACCAACCUUGGGUCACAACUUUUUUACGACUUUUUAUUAUUUCGUCAAAUCGCACAAUGGGCGGGCGGCAUUAGUUGCGACUUGUUUGGGUUGGCAUUGACUGUACCUUCGACUCGGAUUCCACCCGAUUCCACUCCCAUCCGAGCGAUCUCUGCGCGUCCCCCAAGGAGGAGGUGCUCUGCCCAAGAACUCCCCAAGAAAGCGGAGGAAGUCCAGGGGAGGCACGCUCAUGCGUAAUUCUCUCUCGUAUGCUCUGGCCCUGUUUAAUGCAUUCUGCAGUUGGCGGAAGAAAAAAUCCCAUUAAAAUUAAGUAAAAUUGCAGCAGCAGCAGCAGCGUAAUCGUAAAAACUUGGCAUUUUGAUGUUGCAGCAAGCAGUAAAAUUUUGAAAAGUUUUUGCCACGCAGAUAAGGCGGGGAGUCAGCGGAAGACAAAGGCUCUAGCCAGCCGAGGCUCCAACUGGGAGUGCAAUCGGGAUGUGGACGUGGAUGUGGAUGUGGAUAUGGUCGUGGAUAUGGUGUAUAUGGCAGUGGAUUUGGAUCUGGGGGUGUGGCAUCUUGGCGGGCCAGGGCAGUGGAGAGGGUUUAUUGUGUGAGCUCCGUGCGAAGGUUGCUCAUAAAGUGCAUACCGGGGCCAUAGGUGGGCCACAGCCCGGAGUCCAGGCCAGCGUUUCCUCAUAUGGGCGAUUGCCUUCCAAAAUGGCGCACAUCUUGGCCGGGUGGCAUAGACAUUAAGUGCGGCCGUAGUUAAUGUUAUGGCCGCCAGCCAUAGCUUUAAGCUGUUCUACUCUAUUUUCCAUACAAGGAGUGCAAAGUGAAUGAUGUGGCCUACCGUCAAACAAUCACUAGUAUAUUUUUCAUUGUUCUUGCGUGUGUCGAAACGUUCUUGUUUCUUAAAUAAAAAACAAGAACAUUUUUAACAAAUUUGUUUGUCCUCUGUUUUAAAUAUCUGUAGCAAGUGAAAAAAGACGUGAAAUAAGAAAAUACUUAUAGUGAUUUAAAUUUAAUGAAUUUUAGUGAACUCGAGCUCAUGCUUGGUUAUACUAUAUCUCUGUAACCCAAUACCUUAGCAUUUAUAUUGUAUACUGUUAUAACUUAGUUUUAAAAAAUUAUAAUAUCGAUUUGAUUUUAUUUUAAUUACAUUUUAUUAAUACAAUUAAAAAAAACUGUCGAUUUUUUAAAUUAAAUGUACUUAAGUUCUUAGUAUUCCUCGAGACAAAAAGCUCUUACCAUAAUAUUUAUAAUACAAACUUAAUUAUAUCCUAUAAAGUAUCGAACAUUAUAAAGAUACACAAAAAGCGCUUGCGGAAUAGCUUUUAAACGUGUAUUUCCGGGACCUAGACCCUACGAACUUAAGACAUUAUUUUGGAUUCGGUCAAGACCUGCUUGCGCCCAAUACUAAUCUCCCAACUUUUGUUGAU